AUGGGCUCUAGCGCCACGCCCAGCGGCGAACGGGCCGCCUCGCAGCACAAACCGCAUGUCAUUGGCAGCUUCCCACUACCACUCAUUGUGCCGAAUUAUUCGGAAUCUGAUCCAUCGACACCUCGCUGCCCCACCUCCAGAGUCUCACACACAUCCUCUAACAAUCGUCAUGCAGAUGGAGUUUUACUUAUGUCCCUCGUGGCGUUUCGCUCGGGCUGCGGAGCCCAGAUCCACGAGGAAUAG